UUUGCUCCCUGCCUUUGAAAAGUCUCUUUCUCUAACUUUCCUAUUUACGACAACAAUACCACCCCCUUCUUGAUAAGCUGGGCUCUGGGAGUGUGUUUGCGUGUCAGCGCCGCGCGAGACCUCGAGGCCCAGGCGGGGAACCCCGCGCUGCUUCCCCAUAGGGGGUGGGUCAUCGUUUGUGAGUGGCUGAUUAAAUGGUCAGGCUUGCACUGCUGAUCCUUGGGGUGGCGGGCGACGGUUGGAAAAGGUGGGGGAAGGGCGUAGGCGUGCGUCUAUACGUACGUACGUACGAACGUGGACCGGGUCGCGGAACAGAAAUGGCGGGCGCAGACUCUGAGCCCAGGCACCUGAUGCGUGACCAGGCGGGCAACAAAGGAAGAAUAGAUAGAAAUACUUGAAACUGGAUGGGAUGGAAAGCCUCUUUAACCAGAAUGGCACGUGUGUUUGUAUAUGGGACUCUUAAAAAAGGCCAACCCAACCACAGCUUCAUGACCAGUUGUACCAAUGGGAUUGCAGAAUUCCAAGGUCGGGGUCGCACAGCAGAUCUAUAUCCUUUGGUGAUUGGAAGCAAACAUAACAUUCCCUAUUUGCUGAAUGUCCCAGGAAAAGGACACCACGUUACUGGAGAGAUCUAUUCUGUUGAUGACCAGAUGCUGCAAUUCCUUGAUGAAUUUGAAGGCUGCCCAGACAUGUAUCAACGCACUCCAGUGAGAAUUGAAAUAUUAGAGUGGGAAGGUAAAAGCAGUGCACCUGAGGAGAGGCCAGCUGUUAACGGCAUUAUGGAAUGCUUUGUGUACAGCACAACUACCUAUCCGCCAGAGUGGAUAAAUCUCCCUUACCAUGACAAUUAUGAUUCCUUUGGGAAACACGGCCUUUGUUAUAAUCCACGGGAAAAUAGAUGAAAAAUGGUAAAGAACACUCAUGAGUAAGAAGAUGAAUAAAACACAUGUUGAUUAUAAGAUGA